AUGCGGAGUUUUGAGUCGUACGUCAAGGUUUUCCAGCUAAAACUAAGUAAUUAUGACAAGCAUCCUUGGGAACAUAGUGUUGAGCAACGAAUUUUGCAAGGAAUAGAUCAACAUUCUGCUCAUGAUGGAAAAGCACGGGCUGGUCUUAUCGAUGUCGAUGUAGUACGGGGUUCAGUUUUUAACAAAGGUAAACCUAGGCAUGGAUGGAUGUCAGCUAUACGUUUGGGUUUGCUUCGUGUAGCGUUUGCUCCGUUUUUCUGGAAUUAUUGGCGUGGGCAUACAUCGUUUCGUGUUGCUGUCUAUAUCAUGGUUCACUUUUUUCUACAAUUUCUACAAGUUGUAUUUUUUCUUCUAACGGAUCCACGAACUAGCAAUAGUUCACAGGAUGAUGUUCUUCUCCCUUGUUUAUUGGCUGUAUGCCUGGGUAUUCUUCAUGCACAUAUAACCGCCCCGCACGGGAAGACUAGUUUAUAUUCAUCCGUAAAGGAUGGUCCAUUAUCCGCUCAGUCUUUCAAGGAUACGGGUGAUCAGGUUCACAGUUUAAAUGCAAACUUUUACCACCACUGUCCAGAUAACUUACAGACUAAUAAACAUGGGAGUACACAGAAUAAUUUGAAAAGACCUAAUGAAUAUAAUCGGCAUCCUACGCAUUCAUCAACUUCAGAAAGUCGACAGCAUUUAAAUAAUAUCUACUCGGCAAGUCAUCAUUUGAGCAGUUCUCCACUUCAUAACCAAGAGAAUGUAGAUAAUAAUUCAGAGCAUCCAGAUAUCUAUGAGAACAACUGUUCUGAAUAUUACAACCCUUCAGAUUUAGUAUGCAGAGAUUAUGGAAAGUCACAAAGAAAUAUACACUGGAAAUCCGGUGAUCCAGAGUUUCGAAAAAUUUUAACUUCAUCCCAUAAAUCCUAUUCAGCUCAUCCUAACAGUGAUUAUCAUGGUGAAUUUUCCACUAUUUACAGACAAAGUGGUAAUAAUCAAUGCGAAUUAAAUGAAUCUGAUAUAACUCACGAAACAGAGGGUCCUCAGUCUCCACUAACUUUGGAAGAAGAAUGUGGAAGAAGUAAACUUCUUCAUAGUUCUCAGAUAUUAGAGCAUAGACCAAGACUGGUUCGUAGGCGCAGACGCCAAAAUAGCUAUAGUUCAAAGCAUGGGAAUUCAAGUCGUGGACACGAUGCGGAUGUGGAGGAAAGUGAAGCUGAAUCAGAAACUGUUCCGGUUAAAAAGAACACUGAUUUAGUUGGUUUUGAUGACCAAGGUGUUCCAUUUGAAACAGUCAAUGAGGCUCAUCCUGAUUCACGUUCUCAGUCAUACUUCAAGGAUAAUGUCCACCAUGUAAUGAACUCUAACCACCAGUUAACAUCACAAUUAAAAAAGCCGUCUAAACGUGUAUCGAAAAAGGAGGAUUCAUCUGAAUUUCAACAGGAUUCUUCAAAUCAAUUUGCAGGAAAUCUUGGUGCAAACAUUUCAGUCAAUACAGAAUCCUCCUGUGAGGUGGUACCUACUCACGAUUCUGUUAUACUCUUAAAAGGUGAUCAAUUAUCCAAAUCUUCGAAUUUACAUCCUCAUCUAUCACAUCUUUCCUCUCUGAGUAGCUCAAUUGAUUCUUUUACUGAAUCAACUUGUUUUUCAUUCAAACGUUCUCUAUCAUACGAUUGUUUAACGAAACGACAACAGAAUUUAAAUUAUACAGAUACAGAUGCACCAAACAACAAUAAUAUGUUAAGGAAUUCAUUUUCUGAAGCAGUAUUAGGUCGUUCGAAUUUAUCUGAAUUUUUCCGCAAACAACUAUGUGAUAUGAAUGAAGAAAAAGGCUCAGAGUACCCAUCGAAUUUAUCGCUAAAGGAAAAACAACAUUUUCAGUGCACUUAUGAUACUAAGGGCGAGGUUGGCGCGGUGUAUAAUAUGCCUGAAGUCAGUCAACAGGAUCAACCAACUACUGAGAAUACUUCAUACCGCAAGAUAUCAUUAUCCUCACAUUCUUCAGCAGGUACCGAAUCAUCUACUAAUUCUGCUCGAUCUUUUAAUUCCCUAAGAAAGUAUCCAAAACGAAGUGGUCAUAUCUUCGAAUUGGAAUCCGUACAUGAUAUUGGUGCAGAAUUGACAGCUAAUCCGAAAUGCGUUGACAGUCUGUUAGACAGGAAAAUGCACUCCAGUUAUAAUGAUAUUCUUAAAUCAAUUGAUGUAAACAAAAAAUUUGCAGUCCAGCAGGAUGAUCGGUUCAAGGAUCUUGAGAAGUUAGACGAGUUUGAUAAGAAACAUGGGGUGGAUUUUGAAAGCCGUGAUCGUCCAGAAUUUAAAAAUAAAUCUUAUGAAUUUAUCAAUAAGGAUGAUACUAUUACUGUGUACAACAGACAAAGGGCUAAAUAUUUACGAUUAUUCUUACAACGUGCUUGUCAUUCACAACAUCAACAACAACAACACCAACAAUUACAACAAGCACGCUUGAUGCUACCUCCAGAACAAACAGAUACCGAUAUGAUGGAAUCGGAAACAGUACUGCUCAAUAAUAAACGAUCAUUAACAAAUAAUAAACAUUCAAAUAAAUAUACCUCUACAUAUACAAACGGUGAUUUGAAUUUUAAAUCAUCUAAUCAUCGUAUCUCUUCGUUAACAUUCACUAAUAAAAGUUGUUUAAAGUCAUCAUCACAGAAAGUGUUUUACAAUUGCUUUGAAGCUAAUUCUUCCUCUGGAAAUGUUAAUAAUCGAGUAACAACCACUACGGAUAUUUCCAAUUCACAAAGUUCAACAGUUCAUGAAUCUAGACGAAAUAUGAAUCGGUUCAUGGAUCCGAUUACUGGUUUUGUUCAUGACACAUAUUCUCAUUCACAUUAUUUUACAAAAGGUGAACAACACGAUACCAAUAUGAACACACGAGGUCAAACGGCCUCAGAAACUGAAUAUUUUGAUCGUAUCAAUAGCGAUUUGGGAAGUGAUGUGGACUCUUCCUCUUGUCCAGAUGAAGUAGAAGCUCCAUCACCACCCACAUGUGGAAAUGAAUUGCCUAAUUGGCAAAAUUCAAAUGCUAGAUCUGAUGUUAAUCUUGACCCUAUACAAGGAAUUCCAAAAACUGAUAAAACUCAAGUAUCAAGAAGAUCUUCUUAUAGUUGUCGCAAUAGAAAACAUUAUUGUCCGAAAUGUCGUUCUCGGCCGAAUGUCUCGGUAUCAUCAAACACUGAUUCUGGUCCACUUAAUAGUGUCGAGGAAUUUAAUAAUGUCAAGAACAGUAAUGAUGGUAAAUCACUUGAAUCCGAAGAACUACCGUCAAAACCAGUGAGCGUUCCUAUACAAGGCGACAAAAUUAUGUCGAAUAUAAAUGAAGAAAUAUUGCAUUCGGCGGUUACAUUUGAGCAAAAGGAUCAGCAUUUAGAGGACGAAGUAACCAAGGAAAAUUUGAGAAAUAUUCUUCUCAAAACUCAUUUGAAUAGAGAUUCAUAUGCUUAUGAUAAUCUGAAAUCUGCCAAGGAUGACACUGUUCGUUGUUAUAUGUGGGCUGGAGAGAAGUUGUCAAAAUUCAAUCUAACCAUGUUGGAUAUUGGAAAGAAUGUAAUCUAUAAUCCCUGUAAUCUGUUUUAA